GUCGCGGUCCAGAACCAAGCCUCAACAACGGCCUCCAGCGGUCUGGCUUGAAAAGGCGCCCUUCCGCCGGUCGCGGGGUGCCCAGGCGAUACUGUUUCUCACGAGCACAACAGCAUGCACGGCUAAUCGAAAGCUCAUCGUGGGGCAGAGUCACCCACCAGCAUGGCCACGACAACAACCAUAUCGACGGCUGCGCUGCCGUCCGAGACGCCAACUCAGCUACUGGGCCACGCACUCCCAAUGGGCGGGAUCAAGAUCGUCCACGUCCAGAACCAAGCCAUAUCGACCUUGCUGCCGUAUGGAGCCAUCAUCUUGGUCUCGAUGCUGGCGGGCAUCGUGCUCAUCGCCAUCGCCCUCGAACGCUGGGUGCUCCGCCGCAUCUACCCACGCGUCUAUGCCGAGCUCGAGCAGGACAAAGGCAAAGACCGCCAGAGAAGGUCCUUCGUAUAUCACCACAUUGCUCUCGCACUCAUGAUACCGAUAUUUUUCGUCGGCCUGGAACCUGGAGCAGCUUUCCUGUUUGGAAGCUCUGACCUCUCCGACGUUGCCUUCAACAGCCGCCCCAUGCGGCACGGCACCAUCGGCGAUGUCCUCUUUGUUCUCUUCCACCUGUACUCGGCCUACUUCCUCUUCGAGCUGGCCUUCCGCACCCGCUUCGCCAGCCCCAUCAACGUGGCUCAUCACCUCGGUCUCCUUCUCAUCUCGCAGAUCGCCCUCGUCCUCUCCCUCGACCUCAAGCGCCACCCAGAGGCCACGAUCGAGUUCUACAUGUGUCUGGUCUGGGGGGCUUUCGACAUCGUCGCCGAGAUCCCCAUGCACGUGGUCAUGAUCAUCUGGCGUAUAUAUCGGGACACGAACCCGCGGAUGCUCUCAUGGCUGGGCUUCGGGCUCGCAGCGUGGGCCGUGGCCAUGGCCUGCGCCGAGACGGGCAUCACGAUAUACCUCCUGCAGAAGUCGUGGGACCGCUGGAGCACCGACUGGAGGAUCGUCACGCCCAUCAUCUUUUCGUUGUGGAUCUGCGCGCAGCUACACGGGGCGAGGAUAUUCUUCUCCAUGGCGCUUUCCGAGAGGCGCAAGACGAAAGGUCGGGAGUCUUCCCUGGGGUCUUCGUGGCAUCAAAGCAGUGCCGUUUGAGACUACACAUGGUCCCGGAUAUAAAAAUUAGAAGCGUUGUUUAAUAAUCAGUAGAUAUGACUUACGACUUAUGACUCAC